AAAUCUUCAACAUUGAAAGCUCACAAAAAUACAAGGAAUCGAUGAAGUGGGAGUGAGUGAUUCAGGUGAGGAAGAAAAAAAGAAAAAUAGAAAGUGAUUCAUAUUACACGAUUGUGUUGUGUUUCAAAGUGGGAAAUUGGAUUUGAGCACUCACUCACUGGUCCAAAAAAGCUGCUUCUUUUAUUUCUUGUUUUUUUUUUUUUCAUUCUUUGAAAUAUUGGGUUUGCUCUGAAGCAACCAAGUUGGUCACGAGAACCCAGGAGUGCAAAAAGAUGGUACCUUGGGUGUGAAAACAAGGAAUGCAUUGCUACUAGUAUUCAGUAUUCUUGAAGAAAGGUAGAGAGAGAAGAAGAAGGCUUGACUAUAUUAUUUUUUGGUUUCUGAGGAGUUGAAGGGGGACAAGAGCGUAUCUGUGAAAAACAUAAAAAUUGGAUUCAGUUUCUAAAUUAAACAAACAAAAGAGAGAGAGAGAGAGAGAGAGAGAGAGAGAGAGAGACUAAAAAAAGGAGAGAUCAAAAAACAAAGCAAGGUGGUUCGAAAUGUUCAUUGUACCAUGUACAGGUUCUCCUUUCUGAGGUUUGAAUCACGCAAAACAAUGCUGUAAUGAUGCUUUUUUGCUUGGGGUUUUGUUCUGUAACCUUUUUCUUUCAACUUUUGAAGACAAAGUGAAGUACUCUUAUUUAAGCGCUCAUCAUACUGAUCCUUGGGACUUCUUCUCCAAUCUCCUCCUAAUAGAUAUGAAGAGUGAAGGGGACAUAGCAGAAGCCCGUAAGAACUAGGCAAAGGGAGAUUUUUCUUCUUUCUUAUGGGCCUUGGGUUGAAGAUGAAGAUUCAGGAGAUGCAGAUGGUGAUGCAGAAGCACCAUGUCCCUGUGGCUUUGAGGAUGCAUGAGCAAAAUGGGAGCCAAAAGAGAAAGUACACUUUAAUUCAAAAAAACAGGGCUUUGAUUCCACUGUUUCUGCUUCUGUGGAUCCUUGUGAUGUUUUACUUUUGUUGCAACAUCUUCAACAAAAUGGAUGCUGAUGCCAAGGUGAGGAGGAAGGAGGGUCUAGAAAGCCAGUGUGACCAAAGAGCAAGAAUGCUGCAAGAUCAAUUCAGUGUUAGUGUCAACCAUGUUCAUGCCCUUGCCAUCCUUGUUUCAACCUUCCAUUACUACAGACACCCUUCUGCCAUUGACCAGGAAACCUUUGCAGAAUAUACAGCUAGGACAGCAUUUGAAAGGCCAUUGUUGAGUGGGGUGGCUUAUGCUCAAAGAGUGGUUCAUUCUGAGAGGGAAAGAUUUGAGAAGCAACAUGGAUGGAUUAUAAAGUCAAUGGAAAGAGAGCCCUCACAGCUCAGAGACGAGUAUGCACCGGUGAUCUUUGCCCAGGAAACCCUUUCCUACCUUGAAUCUCUUGAUAUGAUGUCUGGGAAGGAGGAUAGAGAGAAUAUUUUAAGGGCCAGGGCCACUGGGAAAGCCGUUCUGACAAGCCCCUUUAGGCUUUUAGGGUCUCAUCAUCUUGGUGUGGUUUUAACAUUUCCUGUUUACAAAUCGAAGCUUCCUCCAAAUCCAACAUUGGAAGAACGCGUUAAAGCAACAGCAGGAUAUGUCGGAGGAUCCUUUGAUGUUGAGUCCCUUGUGGAGAAUUUACUUGGUCAGCUUGCUGGUAACCAAGCGAUUUUGGUGAAUGUAUAUGAUGUUACAAACUCUUCUACCCCCCUGAUCAUGUAUGGGAGCCAAAAUGAAAAAGGUGACAUGUCACUUGUCCAUGAAAGUAACCUUGAUUUUGGAGAUCCUUACAGGAAUCAUACCAUGAUGUGUAGGUAUCAUCAGAAGGCACCAACUAAUUGGAUGGCAAUUACCACAGUAUUACUAUCCUUUGUGAUCCUCUCAUUAAUUGGUUACAUUUUGUAUGGUGCUGGAAUUCAUAUUGUCAAAGUAGAGGAUGAUUACCAGGAAAUGGAGGAGUUGAAAGUGCGCGCGGAAGCAGCUGAUGUUGCCAAGUCACAGUUUCUAGCUACUGUGUCCCAUGAAAUUAGAACUCCCAUGAAUGGAAUUUUAGGAAUGCUUGGUCUGCUUUUAGAUACAGAGUUGACUUCAACCCAGCGAGAUUAUGCUCAGACAGCUCAAGCAUGUGGAAAGGCACUGAUAACACUAAUAAAUGAGGUGCUUGAUCGUGCUAAAAUUGAGGCUGGCAAGUUAGAGCUUGAAGCUGUUCCAUUUGACAUCCGUUCCAUUCUUGAUGACGUCCUUUCACUUUUUUCUGAGAAGUCUAGGCAUAAAGGUUUAGAGUUGGCAGUGUUUGUUUCUGAUAAAGUUCCAGACAUUGUUAUGGGAGAUCCUGGGAGAUUCAGACAAAUAAUAACAAAUCUUGUUGGCAACUCGGUUAAAUUCACUGAACGAGGACAUAUAUUUGUCAAAGUUCAUCUAGCAGAAAAUAGAAAGUCCACAAUGAAUGGAACAUGUGAGACUUAUCAAAAUGGAGAAACAGAUGAAGUUGGGCAUAUAUCCGGGGGUUGUAAUUCGAAAACUCUGAGUGGGUGUGAAGCUGCUGAUGAACGGAACAACUGGGAUAAUUUCAAGCAUCUAAUUGCUGAUGAGGAAUUUUUGUUUGAUGGUUUGGUGAAGAAGGUAGCCUCAAGUGAAUGCUAUGAGCAAGUUACUUUAAUGGUGUGUGUAGAGGACACUGGAAUUGGAAUUCCUUUCUCGGCCCAGGAUAGGAUUUUCAUGCCUUUUGUGCAGGCAGAUAGCUCCACGUCACGACACUAUGGUGGUACCGGGAUUGGCUUGAGUAUUAGUAAGUGUCUGGUGGAACUAAUGGGUGGUCAGAUAAACUUCAUAAGCCGACCCCAAGUUGGAAGUACAUUUUCAUUUACUGCAAACUUUGGGACGUUCAAUAAAAAUUCAAAAACAGAUGUGAAGAAGCUGAACGUGGAAGAUCUUCCUUCUAGUUUUAGAGGGCUUAAAGCUAUAGUGGUUGAUGGAAAGCCUGUUAGAGCUGCUGUCACGAGAUACCAUUUGACUAGACUUGGUAUUCAAGCUAAAGUUGCAAACCACAUUAAAAAGGCUGUUUCGUUAUGUGGGAAGAAUGGUUCUUUAACUUCAGGAUUAUUUCAGCCUGAUAUUGUUUUCGUUGAGAAGGAUUCAUGGUUUUCGGGAGAGGAUGGAGUUUUCAAUAUCUGGCAACUAGAUUGGAAAAAGAAUGGUCACAUGUUGAAGAUACCCCAAAUGAUCCUUCUUGCAACCAAUAUUAGUAAUGCCGAAUUCGAUAGAGCCAAAGCCACAGGUUUCAGCGACACGGUGAUCAUGAAGCCUCUGAGAGCAAGUAUGGUGGCUGCUUGUCUGCAGCAAGUUCUGGGGAUGGGAAAGAAGAGGCAGCUUGGGAAAGACAUGCCAAAUGGCUCAACUUUCCUAAAAGGCCUUCUUUGUGGAAAGAAAAUGUUGGUGGUAGAUGACAAUAUUGUGAACAGGAGGGUCGCCGCCGGUGCAUUAAAGAAGUUUGGAGCUGAUGUGAAGUGUGCUGAAAGUGGCAAAGUUGCUCUUGAGAUGCUUCAGUUGCCUCACAAUUUUGAUGCUUGUUUCAUGGAUAUUCAAAUGCCAGAAAUGGACGGGUUUGAGGCAACUCGUCGAAUUCGAAUGAUGGAGAGCAAGGCGAACGAGCAACUGACGAACGGCGAUGAGCACCCCCACUUACCGAUAUUGGCUAUGACAGCUGAUGUUAUCCAUGCUACUUAUGAAGAGUGCUUGAAGUGCGGGAUGGAUGGAUAUGUAUCAAAGCCGUUUGAGGAAGAGAAUCUCUAUCAAGCAGUUGCAAAGUUUUUCAAGUCAAAGCAUAUCUCAGCAGCCUCAUGACAUCAAGUUUGGAGGCUGCCAUUCUUUCUUUUUUUUUUAAUGAUUUAUGAUGCUUUCAUCAUGCAUUAUGGAGCUGUAACAGUUGGUUUGGUUCCUAAGGAUUCUUGAUGAUACAAAAGAAUCAAGUUAUAAUAUCUAACCAGCUGAGUUUGAAUGUAUACCACAUAACAAUCCAUCCCCUCCUUGUGUACAGGUUCUCUAAAGGGAUGAGUCAAAUUAUGUAAAUUCAAUAUUUUUCUUUUUCUUAA